AAUGCCCACUACUGCUUCCACCGGCACUGUCACUGAACCAGUGUCGUGUGAAGCACGCUGGCUCCGAGCUGAAGAUUCGCGAGCUGUGCCAAGGCGUGGAGGAGCUCGAUCUGGCGUCAAACAACAUCAUCGACAUUGAUGAAGUGUACAAGAUCGUCCGCUCGAUGCCCAAUUUGCGCUUCAUCAACCUCAGUGAGAAUGACCUCUCCAAGUGUACCUACUCGGCGGACUCCUUCGCGAACGUCGACGCACACCGCCUGGAGAACAUCAAGAGUCUGGUGCUGAACAACACGCACAUCCCCUGGCCGGCAGUGCAGCUGCUGCUCAAUCUGAUGCCCUCCAUUGUUGACCUGCACCUCAGUCUGAACAACUACGCCUCCAUCGAGCUGAACCCCACGCUGAAGCGGUACCCAAACAUCAAAUACCUCUACCUGAGCGGCAACCCCAACUUGUGCAAUUGGAAGGACGUGAAGCUGCUGCUGGAGGCCUUUCCCUCGCUGAACGGCCUGACGAUGGCCGACUGCAAUCUGGACUCGAUUCCCGAGGACGUCAUUCCCUCACUGGGCAACUUAGUCAGCAUCAACAUCUCCAACUGGCCCAUCAAGUCCUGGGGCUGCGUCGACCGCCUGAAGGCGCUGCCCAGGUUAGCCAAACUGUGGUGCCAAGGGCUGCACGUCCUCAAUCAGAUUGAGUCGUGUGAGACGCGUCGGCAGCAUCUGAUCGCCCGGCUGCCUCAAAUUAAACGCCUCAACGGCGGUGAUAUCACCGAGGACGAGCGGGUUUUUGCCGAGAGGGCCUUCAUUCGCUACUACAUCAGCAAUGAGUCGCUGGAUAAACCGCCUAGAUUCUUUGAGCUGCAGUCAGUGCACGGCCGGGUCGACCCACUGGCUGAGGUGGACCUCUCUCCGCCACGGUACGCCGACGUGCGCGUCAUCUUCAAUGACCUCAGUCAGGAGCAGCUGGAAAAUGAUGAACUCUGCUACGAGUCACUGGUCAGACGGUGCAAGAACAGCCGCCUCUUCAAGGUGGACCUCAACAAGUCGGUGCGCAACUUUAAGAUGCAACUUGGACCACUCUUUGACAUAUCACCCUCAAAUAGUCGCAUCUUCUACAUUGACCGAGAAAUGUCCGAGCUGCUCGGUGUGCUGCACAUAGAAGAGCUCCGAUUUGCGCAGAAGAAACUGUACACUUACAAUGUUCAGGAUGGUGACGAGUUCUUGAUUGAGAGCAAGUGA